ACGCUGCUCCUCCGCCAUCUUCAACUUCCUAUUGUUUGCAUCAGACUGAGGCUGUGUCUGCGGUGUGUGUGUGUGUGUGAGAGUGUGAGAGCAGAUUCAUCGGUAAAUUGUAGAUAUAGCCAUCACGUUUGCGGCCGAUCGAGUUCAGCACAAAUCUUUUUGUAUGUCAUUGGAUUAACGGGGACUCGACCACUAAACCCAAGAUGAUGGACGAGGAUCAGCCCAGAACCUUGUACGUGGGGAAUCUAUCCAGGGACGUCACAGAGCCCCUUAUUCUACAGGUCUUCACGCAAAUAGGACCCUGCAAGAGCUGUAAAAUGAUAGUGGAUACUGCUGGAAAUGAUCCAUACUGCUUUGUGGAGUUCUAUGACCACAGGCAUGCUGCUGCCUCUUUGGCAGCGAUGAAUGGAAGGAAAAUAAUGGGUAAGGAGGUCAAAGUCAACUGGGCCACGACGCCAACCAGCCAGAAAAAAGACACAAGUAAUCACUUUCACGUCUUUGUUGGAGACCUGAGCCCAGAAAUAACCACAGAAGACGUCAAAGCGGCCUUCGGUCCAUUCGGCAGGAUAUCAGAUGCUCGUGUUGUGAAAGAUAUGGCGACAGGGAAAUCUAAAGGCUAUGGCUUUGUGUCUUUCUUCAACAAAUGGGAUGCAGAGAAUGCCAUCCAACAGAUGGGAGGUCAGUGGUUAGGUGGCAGACAGAUUCGAACCAACUGGGCCACAAGAAAACCCCCCGCCCCAAAGACCACCUACGAGAGUAACUCCAAGCAUCUAUCCUUUGACGAAGUAGUCAGCCAGUCCAGUCCCAGUAACUGCACCGUGUACUGCGGGGGGGUCAGCACAGGACUCACAGAGCAACUGAUGAGACAGACCUUCUCUCCCUUUGGACAAAUCAUGGAGAUCAGAGUGUUCCCCGACAAAGGCUACUCGUUUGUGAGGUUUAACUCCCAUGAGUCAGCAGCCCAUGCGAUUGUGUCCGUGAAUGGGACCUCAAUAGAGGGCCACAUAGUCAAAUGCUACUGGGGCAAAGAGACCCCGGACAUGAUGAACCCAAUGCAGCAGGUGCCUAUCCCCCAGCAGAACAAGAUGAGCUUCCCUGCAGCCCAGCCCUACGGCCAGUGGGGCCAGUGGUACGGCAACGGGCCCCAGAUCAGCCAGUAUGUCCCCAACGGGUGGCAGGUCCCCACCUACGGAGUCUACGGCCAGGCCUGGAACCAGCAGGGCUUCAAUCACUUACCGGCCAGUGCUGGGUGGACUGGCAUGAGCGCCAUCAGUAACGGUGGGGUUAUGGAGCCUACACAGGGAUUGAAUGGGAGUAUGCUAGCCAACCAGCCUGGUAUGGGAGCCGCAGGAUACCCCACACACUGAUAAGUGGGCAGGGUGGGAGCGUUGUCAACCAUCGGCCUCUUAUUGGCUGUACAGUGCCCUGCAGGGCUGUGUAAACCCCGCCUCCAAUUGUGGCAGGACUAAGACUUUUACUGGGAUGUGGAACCUAAUGGGAAAAGGUUGACGUCUGUACGAGUUGUAAAUGGGAAUUCAUGGGGGAGGGGGUGGGGGGUGGGGUUUGAGGUAACAGGAGCCAGGGGGGACGAGCGAUUUUGACCCACACAGGUAUCUACACCCUUUGUGGUAGAGGAGACUGGCCAUGAACCAGCACUCUUACCAUUUUUAAGUUAACUGUAAAUGAGUAUAAACUGUAAAGGAGAAACUUUUUGACUUUGCUUUUCUUCCGGGGUUUUACAAAAAAAAAAUUGCUUCCAAACGUCACAUCUUUUCCUCUCACACAGCCACAGAGAGGUCUGUCUUUUUUUUUUUUUCUUUUAAAGAAGUUUGAGACGUGCUAAGUUAUGAAGUUAUUCUUCAAGCAACGGAAAUCUGUUUUCAUUUUUGUUUUCUCUCGGAUUAAAAAUCAAUCGCAGGGAUUCUUGCCACUGCUGUUUCUCUGUAAGGGCAGAUAAAUAUUGCACAGUUUUUUUUCCUUCUCUUGAACUCUGAAACAUUCGACCGCCAAGAGUAUUUUCCUUUUUUUUUCUUUUUUUUUUGCAUUCCACUUCUCCUCCAUAUCUUCUCGGACAGCCUCAAAACCUUUGGCCACCGCGUGUAAAUAACCAUUCAUUCAUUUGAAACGAUGUAAAGUAAAAAUGCUACUGUUAACUGUGGGUGCUCGCUUUCUCUUCUGUUUUGAUAGCUCGACAGUUAACUCCAACAUUGUACGUAGCAGAGUGGCGCUCUAUAGACGUGACACUGGCGCAGUGCAAGCGGGGCGAUUCUUCCACGCAGGGACACGAGGGCAUAGCCAUUCACAGAGAACUCAAACGUUUAAAGGGUUUAACAUGUUUGACACUCGGGAUGGUUUUUAAAUAUGUUUUGAAACGCCAGUAUUUUAUAUCAAACUAUCUGAAGGGGGUUCGACCUUUCCACACUUGCUGUGUUGGCCGGAGGGAUGGCGAGGCCGACAUGGUAACUGUUGCCUUAUAGAGCUGGUUUCUUUUACCUGACGAGAUCCUCUUUUUAAUUAGGCAGUGCCUACAGACCCUUUUGUUUAGAAAGGUGUUAGCCCUGACAACUGACGACUCUGCUACUGUAAUCAAUGUUUUCUUGCUUUGUCCAAUUAAAAUGCUAAUGCACAUAAACCACA